AUGGGGAAGGGAGUAGCAGGGACCCACUCUCUGACGUAUUUUUUCCUGGGCAUUUCAGAUCCCAGCCAUGGACUCACAGAAUUUUUUUCUCAUCCCAUCAUUAUAUAUACGUGUUGUUGGCAGAAAGAGCUGUGGGCUCUGUGGAUGGUGGAGAACUCCAUGCCUGGGCACUGGGAGAGGUACACUCAGAGCCGAGGGCUGAAGCUGGAGCACCUGCAGAAUUAUCUCGACCACUCAGGGUUUCACACUUACCAGGGGAUGGUUGGCUAGGGGUCGCUGGAGGACAGAAGCACCAUAUUUCUCCAGCAUGCAUAUGAUGGACAAGAUUUCAUUAUCCUCAAUAAAGAUCUCUUUUUCUGGAUGGCUACAGAUAAUAUGGCUCGAAUCACCAAGUGGGCACAGGAGGCCAAUUGGCAUGAGUUAUAAUAUCAAAAGAACUGGCUGGAAGAACAUAUUACCUCAUUAAAGAAGUUCCUGGAGCUUAGGGAAGAUUUACAAAGGGCAGGAAUUUGCAUGAUCUGGUUGAAAAAUGGGGAAGAAAUUGUCCAAGAAAUAGGUAAAGGAGACAUUCUUCCCAAGGGGGAUGGAAGCUAUUGGACAUGGGGAUCCAUUGAGCUGGAUCCUCAGAGCGGCGACCUUUACUCCUGCCCCUGUAGACUGUGGCCUCUGCGUGGUUCCUUAGGUCCCCCGGGGUUAAGACGGGUUGUGGCCGUGGCUGUCUGCCAGAAGAACUCCAUUGUGUACAUGUGA